AGUCCAGAUCCAGCUGCAACAACAGGAGGAUGGACUGAAGGGAGGGGAGACGCGGGGCCUCAGGGCAGCUCUGACAAUGGGGGAGCCGAGGGGUCGGACGGGGAGACGCCGGCAGGAGGUGGCGAGGAAGAGCCCAGUCAGGGGGACGGCAGCCCCGGCCCGCGGUCUUGCAGCUUCGGCUCGUCCCUCUGCUUCGCGGCGGCCACCGGCGACGAGCAGGAGCGGGUGUCAGCGCCGGAGGAGCGGGUGGUGAAGAGCCAGCGGCAGAUCAACAACAACCACCAGCAGCAGGAGCAGCAACUCCGCGGGCCGCCGGAGGAGCAUGGGGGCAGCUCGGUCCCCGUCCCGUACUGGAGCCUGGAGGCGGGCAGCGGAGGAGGAGGAGAAGGAGGCGGCGGCGGCGCGGCCUCGCCCCCAUCCCCGUCGGCGGAGGGCCCGGAGCCCGACCUGGUGAUCGAGGUGUCGGGCCUGCGGGUGCGGGCCCACAAAGCGGUGCUGGCCGAGCGCAGCGACUUCUUCCGGGCGCGGCUGUCCCGCCAGUUCCUGAGCCUCCGCGGCGGCCUGAGCUUCGAGGCGCUGAGGCCGCUGCUCGACUACGCGUACGGGGCGGGCAUGGCGGCGCGGGCCGACAACGCGGCCGAGCUGAUCGCCGGGGCGCAGUACCUGCAGAUGCCGUGCGCCCUGCACUCGGCCGUCGACUCGCUCAAGGCCCAGCUGGAGCUCGGCAACUGCCUGGAGCUGCUGGGCCUGGCCAAGCGGCAGCGGCUGCCCGAGCUGCGGGAGGCCGCCUACAAGUUCAUGAGCGACCAUUACCUGCGGGUGCUGCGGGAACCCGCCGUCUACGGCCGCCUGAGCGGAGCCGAGAGGGAGCUCAUCCUGAGGAAAAGGACGGAGCAGGCCCCGGCUGGAGCCUCGGCCUCGAGUUCUGCAGCGUCCGCCUCCGCCUCCUCAGCGGGCGGCGAGCGUUGCCUGGUGCUGGUCGACCUCAACGAGGUGUACGAGCGGCCUUCGCCGGCGGGGAGCCGGCCGGUCAGCCGGGAAGGGAGUAGGCCGGAGAGCCCCGAGGUCGGCUCCCCGCCGGAGGCCGGGACGCCCCGGGAGGGCUCGGACGGAGGUGAAGACGAGGAGGCGGCCGCCGUCGCCCGCUGGCUCUACCGCCGCGACGCGUCGACCGAGAGCUGGGAGCGGCUGAGCCGCCUGCCCGAGGCGGCGGCGGACGCCCGGGGCUGCGGCCUGUGCACCCUGUACAACUACCUGUUCGUGGCGGGCGGCCUGCGGGGCGCCGGGCCUCGGGCCCGUCCUUCCGACCGCCUCUUCAGUUACAACCCGGCGACCGGAGGCUGGUCCGAGCUGAGGCCCAUGAGGCAGGCCCGCUCGCAGCUGAAGCUGGUGGCCCUGGACGGCCAGCUGUACGCCAUCGGCGGCGAGUGCCUCUUCAGCGUCGAGCGUUACGACCCGCGGGCCGACCGCUGGAGCCCGGCGGCGCCGUUACCCCGCGGAGGCUUCGCCGUCUGCCACCAGGCGGCCGCCUGCUCUGGCUCCAUUUACGUGUCGGGCGGCUCGCUCUUCUACCGCCUGCUGCGUUACGACCCGCGGCGGGACGAGUGGCAGGAGUGCCCGUGCAGCAGCAGCCGGCGCCGCUCCGCCGCCAUGGUGGCUCUAGGCCGGUGGCUCUACCGCUUCGACCUGGAGCGCCGGCCCGGAGCUGGAGCGCCCCUCGCCGUCAUCUCCCGCUACAACACGGUGGCCCGGGUGUGGAGUGACUGCGGCUCCCUGCUGCUGCCGCCCGCCGCCGCCGCCGCCCCGGUGCAGCCUUUCCGCUGCGCCCUCCUGGGCCGCGACCUUUACUGCGUCAGCCGGGCCUACAGCCUGCGCUUCACCCUGACCGAGGAGGAGGAGGACGACAGCAACGGGGACCGGGCUCGCCAGGGCCGCCUCCAAAGCCAGCAGCUCACAGCGUGCGCCGAGGCCAAGGGGGUACUCUUCCCGGUCGUCCUCACCUUCCCCGACAGGAGCGCGGCCGCUCACCACAAGGCGCCCUGAGACAGGCCCCAGCCCUGUUGGUAGAUAAGGGAAACGCCAUUACCCCGCCCCCCUACUACCUCCCUGUAAACCCCUGUACCUCCCCCCCCCCCCCCCCGCCACAGCCUCCCUGUGAACCCCCUGCUCCCCACACUGCCUGCCUGUGCCCCCUGUAAACCUUGCUAUCAUCCGUGCCCCUGUAAACCUCCCUGUCCCCCACCACCUCCUUGUGCCCCUCCACCCCCACUGCCUCUUUGUGUCCCUCACCCUCACUGCCUCCCUCUAUCCUCCAAACACACUGUCCCUGUAUCCCCCACCUCCCUGUGCCCCCCACCGCCUUAUACUGCCCCUGUGCCCCCCACCGUCUCCUUGUGCCCCUCUACCACCACUGCCUCUUUGUGUCCCUCACCCUCACUGCCUCCCUCUAUCCUCCACACUGUCCAUGUAUCCGCCACCUCCCUGUACACCCCUGUGCCCCCCACCGCCUUAUACGGCCCCUGUGCCCCCCACCGUCUCCUUGUGCCCCUCUACCACCACUGCCUCUUUGUGUCCCUCACCCUCACUGCCUCCCUCUAUCCCCCAAACCCACUGCCCCUGUAUCCCCCAUCUCCCUGUACCUGCCGCCCUGUACCCUCCACCUCCACCGCCUUCCUGUGCCCCCUGUACUUCCCACCCCCCAACUGCCUCCUUAAACCUCCUCCCGCCCCGCAACUGCCUCCCUGGACCCCCUUCCCCACCUCCCUGUAACCCCGAGCCCCCUCUGCUUCCCUGUGCCCCCUCCCCCUGCCACCCCCACCGCAUCACUGUGCCUUCCCAUCUGCUUCCUGUGUCCCCCACCCCUACUGCUUCCAUGUAGCCUGCCCCCUCUCUAUCCCCCAUCCCUGUGCCUCCCCACAACCUCCACUACCCCUCUGCCCCUGCAUCUCUCCUGCUUCGCUGUAAUCCUCCCACUGGUUGCCUGCUCUCCCCCACUCCCUGUAUCCCUCAUCCGCUGCCUUCCUUCUCCACUGCCUCGUUCCCUUUCCCCCUCCCUCACUGCCUCCCUUUCUCUUGGCAUGGAGCAAAGAAACAAGUGACAGCUGAAGUUUAGUGUUUUUUGUAUCUUUUAUAAAGUCAUACCCUCUGACCAUGACAUAACCAUAAUUUUCCUUCAAGUCAAACUUGCAUUUUCUAAGUACAGUUUAGAUUCUGUCAGCAGCUUUUUGUUUUAAAAUAUAAAAGGAUAAAAGGGAAGUUGCUGGAGAAACUCAGCAGGUUUGGCAGGAUCUGUGGAGACCGAAAGAAACAAGUUUUAUAGUCCAACUUGCUUAUUUGGAUAACAACUGAAAAAGGGAUGUGGUUGUGGACAAAUGAUUUUGACAUCCCUGCUGGCACCUUCUUGAGUGGGUGGCAAGUAGUAUUGAGCACAUACCCUUGCCCAGGCCAAAGUCUGUAAUGUUGGAAACUGUUACUUGCAAUCAAGUUUUGAGGUGGUUAGGGUGGUGGGGAAGAAAGAAUAAUUUUUGGCAAUUUAGUAUUUUUGUUAAAAAUAUUUUGAAUCAGAUGUCUGUUUUCAUCUCCUGAUUUUUCAUUUGAUUUUAAAGGAAAUUAAUUAAAAAAAGGAGGGGGGCACAUAGUUGGCCAGUCAGAAAGCUAUUUUGCAUUAUUGCCAAAAGUCAGAAUUUGUUCCCCAGCUGUGAAGCACUGUUAAGUUGUGGUGCUUGAGAUGUGGAAAAUGUCCAAUCAGCAGUGGGUUAGUGGUGCAGUCAAAUGCCCACUCUAAAUUUGUGAGCACUGAAAAUUUUCUCUGGAAUUUUCUCAAACUCUCCGUGAUUUUGUUGGAAGAGAUGAGGAAUUAGUGAUUAAAUCAAAAACAAACGAAAUGAUUUAUCAUUGUUAUAUAGACUAUAAAUGCUAAUCUGACUUUCUCAGAUACUAAUAGACCUGCUUUGCAUUUCCAACAUUUUCUAUGAAGUAAACAUGUGAAAGUUUGGGUUCAUAGAUUAUCAAUGACAAUGCAAUUAUCAUUCCAGGUUAAAACAAGAACUUGAAAUAUUGCUAAAAUAU